UGUGCCACAGCUGCCCGGCUCCCUGAGCUCUAGCUCAGUGCACCCUGACCCAACGCGGCCCUCGGUGCGUGGAGUUUCUCUCUCAGGACCUAAGGGCAAAGAGCAGAGCCCAGGACUCAAGAGACAGAGCCAAGGGCUGAGCGUUCCCAGGAGAGAAGCUGGUGUGACGUGGAUGAGGCGCAGAGAUGGGGAAAAAGCUGGACCUCUCUAAGCUCACAGACGAGGAGGCCAAGCAUGUCUGGGCUGUGGUUCAGCGGGACUUCGACCUCAGAAGGAGAGAAGAAGAAAGACUUGAGGGACUGAAGGGCAAGAUACAAAAGGAGAGCUCGAAGAGGGAGCUGCUGUCUGACACAGCCCAUCUGAAUGAGACCCAUUGUGCCCGCUGCCUGCAGCCCUACCGGCUCCUCGUGAACAGCAGAAGGCAGUGUCUAGAGUGCGGCCUCUUUGUCUGCAAACACUGCAGUCACGCCCACCCAGAAGAGCAGGGCUGGCUCUGCGACCCCUGCCACUUGGCCAGAGUAGUGAAGAUUGGCUCCCUGGAGUGGUACUACCAGCACCUGAGAGCAAGGUUCAAGCACUUCGGGAGUGCCAAAGUCAUCCGGUCUCUCUGCGGGCGGCUGCAGGGUGGCGGUGGAUCUGAGCCAAGCUUGGGGGAAGGGAGUGGAGACAGUGAGCAGACGGAUGAGGACGGAGACCUGGAUGCGGAGGUCCAGGCCCAGCCCCUCAACACCAAAAAGAAAAAGCGCCUGCUCUCCUUCAGUGACUUGGACUUUGAGGAAGACUCAGAACACUCCAUGCAGCCUUGCAGCCAUACCCUGGGCCUGUCCUCUGUCCCUGAGUCAGAACACAGCCUGCAGUCCCUCUCAGGUGAGCCCUACUCUGAAGACACCACCUCCCUGGAGCCCGAGGGCCUGGAGAAUACUGAGGCAGGGCCUUUGGGGUGUCACCUCAGUCCAGAAGAGCAGCCAUGUAGCUCCUUGCUCUCCAGAGAUGAUGCUCACACGGAGCUGGACCAGCCUGGAGCAUCCUGCAAGAGGACCCUAGGGGCCACAGCCAUGCCUGGGAUAGAUGAUGUCAAAAGCAAACAGCUUCCCUCCCAGUACCUGGCUGAUGUGGACACCUCUGAUGAAGACAGUCUCCAGGAUCCCAGGGCAGCUUCCCAGCAUUCCAAGAGGAGGGCCCGGGCUAUGCCUGACACACAGAUUUUGGAGUUGAACAAGCGCAUGUCAGCUGUGGAGCACCUGCUGGUCCACCUGGAGAAUGUGGUCCUGCCACCCUCAGCCCAGGAACCAGCUGCGGACUCAAACCCCAGUGCAGACACAGAGGAGGAAGCUCUCCGGAAGAGGCUGGAGGAGCUGACCAGCAACAUCAGUGAUCCUGGCACCUCAUCAGAAGAUGAGACCAAGUCAAGUGGCACCCUCCACGCCAUGUCCCCAGAGGUGUGCACAGACAUGGGGCACAUGGAGACACAGGGAAGGAACUCUCAGGGGCCCAGGAACCCUACUCGGACUACAAAGAGCACAGACAAAGAGCUGUCAGAGAUGGAGGACAGAGUGGCCAUGGCAGCCUCUGAAGUUCAACAAUCUGAGAGUGAGGUCUCGGACAUCGAGUCCAGGAUUGCAGCCCUGAGGGCAGCGGGGCUCACGGUGAAACCCUCAGGAAAACCCCGGAGAAAGUCAAACAUCCCAAUCUUUCUUCCCCGGGUUACUGAAAAACUUGACAGGAUCCCCAAGGACCCCUCUGCAGACCCUGAGGACCAAGCCAAGGUGCCCAAGGCCACGGCGCUGCCCUAUCUCCUGAAGAGGAAGUAUUCCCCCAGCAGUCAAGGCAUAGAUGGUGGUUCUUUCGAUCGGAAAUCGUUGUACCGUGGCUCGCUGACACAGAGGAACCCUAACGGGAAGAGAGGGACAGCCAGACACAUCUUUGCGAAACCCGUGAUGGCCCAGCAGCCCUAGAAGGGGACGUUCAUGGGCACAGGAGAGUACCACAAAGCACCCCACACUGCCUCCUCCACACGGCCAUCGCAUCCCCAUGGGCUCAGAACUUCUUGAUGGUCACAGCUGCUUGCAGUCACCAUCCAAGUGAAAAAUAAGAAGAACUUCCUGUAUGGCUCCUCUUGUGAGGUGGCAGGUUCUCAGACUUCUGGCUGUCACCAGGCCAUCUGCCAACCUCUGACCUGGAAGAUACAAACUCAUGGAAUUCCCCCUUCAGACGAUGCUCUCUGCCUGAGGGACACCCAGAUACCCUUUCGCUAUGACUCUUUAACCCCGUCCCUUGACUCUGUUGAGCCACAUUCCCAGACGUGAUGGAAAGAGAUAGUCCCGCGGACACCCUGAGUGUAUUCACAUUCCUGACUGCGAGGGAGAGAGACAGAUACAAGCGGGUGUUAUGGGAGAGUGAGCAAUUACAGGCAGCGAACGAGGGGUCUAAUCUCCUCACCCAUCCCACAGACCUUGUUCUUAAGUUUCCUUGUGGGUCACAGACAGAAGCCAUAACACUGUCUCCCACCCCAGAGUUUCCACCACCAUAACCACCAACCUCUGUGCCACAUCAAAGCCGAGCCUCUAACACAGGCUUUUGGGGUGCAUGGCCUAGGGACCUCGGUCUCUAGACAGCUCACACUUUAAACAUAGGAUUCUAGCUCACACAAAUGACAGUUUUGGAAUUUAUCAAGAAUUCAGGUUUUCCAAGGCCGAGGGCAUCGGAGUCAGUCUUGCUCAUGACUAUAUAGUCAGCUCUUCACAGCCCUUCCACCAGUACAGGGAGACAGUCUCCUAUUCCCAGGGCUGCCUCUUUCUUGCCAGCAUGUGUCAUGUUCCAGAGUCCAGAGAACACACAGGCCGGAGCCACAGCAUCCUAGUUUAUCCUGAGAAUAAACUUUAAGGAGGAAACUUUCCUUCAUUCAGAGACCCACAUCUCAGGAGUCCCAUGUUUGUUUCCCAUG